CCCCUCCCCAACCCCUCUUCGUCCGGGCCGUUGCAAUUGACUCCGCGAGAGGUUGGUGUUCCCUGGCGGAGAGAGAGAGGGAGGGAGGGAGAGGAAGGAGAGACCGAAGGCCGCGUUGUUUUUACCUCGUCUCCUCCUCCGCCUUCGAGCUCUACUGAAACUCCGAUCUCAGAAACCAAGAAAAGGGGGUCUGUGAAGAGGUUUCUCACGGCAGAACAAUGGAGGUACUUGGCAAAUCUGUGAUUGCUGAGCCCAGCAAUGUGAUUUUCUUGUCCACUAUUCUGAACACAGAAGGGGAAAUCCCCAGUCACAAGUGUGACAUGAGGUGCCAGAAUGAGCACAUCUUUGGAAACAUGUACCGCUGCAAAUUGACUGGAAUGACACACAUUUGUGACAAAAACUGUAACCAGAGGAUCCUCUAUGACAACCACAACUCGCUUUGCCGAGUGAGUGGGCAGUUGUUCGCGCUCUCACCACUGGAGCUGCAGGCAGUGAGGGGGAUUCGGAGGAAGCAUGAAGCUGACAGCAGCCAUGAAGGGUGCUCCUUCAAGCGCAGGCGUGGUGCACAGCUGCAUCCUUCCCCUUUUGAGAGAUCCUACUCCGCCGUGUCUCCGAUACCGAGCCAAGCUGGAGAUGGCAUGGACCUGAGCUAGAGCUAACGAGACUUCCAUCUUUUCUUUCCCCGGCUACCUUAUGCGGAUGUCUACUCCAUUUCCCCUUCUUUGACAGGAUGGAAACUAUAAGAGAUUCCUUCUUUAUAGACUUAUGAAGGGAUAUGAGACUCCUUAGAGGCACUAAAUAAUGUCUAUGUAGUAUCAAUUCAGUUUUAUGGGACCUUGUUGUAAUCGUAACUUCGAUUGAACAGCCUAUUCUGAAUUACUUAGUAUUAAUCAUUUGCUAUUACCGUUUAGAUUAUUUCUCUAUAGCGCGGCGCUCUUGUUUGCUCCAACUUUUCAUUAUUGUAGCUCCUUUCUUUCUUAUGCUCUCUUGAGGUUCAUUAUCUGCUGCAUUUCAGUGCAUUCAAGCUGUGCAAAUUUGCUUGACAUAGUUGGUGAUGUAAAUCCGUUGCAGAUUACAUUAUCCUAUUUCUUGGGGCGUGAACUUACUAACUAAAUUUCCUUCAUAAUUAGUGCUUUGCAUGGCAGGUUGCUGAUCAGGUCUCAGCUAUUUAUGGUUUGCUCUCAUAUAGCUUAUUUGUUUCAGUUAAAUGUUUUCUUCUUUGCAGGUUAUGUUUCUAACAUCUAUAUUGCUUCCUCCUGCUUUGUUUUCACUUGCUUCUUUCCUUGACUCCUUUCUGUUUUGCAGGGUGAUCCAGGUGCUAACUUUUUUGAAAAUAUUUUGGUCUUUAUGUGAUGUUCCCUUUGUUAAGUUGAUUUCAUUUGUUCAUAGUGUUCACUUGUUUUGUAUGCUUGUGCAGGUGAAUUGGUGUUCUUUCGCACUUCUUGGUCCAUGGGAGGCAGGAGCUAUGGAAGAUCAUUGAGAUCCUUUGCAGCAGUAGAAUAGCGAGGUACCAUCAAAGUCUUCGGCCGCAGAAUGCUUUUCAGUGCAUUGUGAACAGAAAUCAUCAGCAGAAGAGAGGUUUGGAACUAUUCAAACAAGAGCCAGCCUGAAGCCACUGAAACUUCAAAACUUAUACUGGAGAAGAGCCUGCAGGAGCUCGACAUCGCAUUGCUGCUGCAGUUGGAGAAGUCUACUCCAGUAUCUGCCAUCUGUGAUCCGAAGCAAAGCUCUCUGUAGAUCUAGCUGAGUAUCCACCAUCUGCGAUCCAAACCAAGAUCUCUGAAGAUCUAGUUGAGUAUCCACCAUCUGCGGUCCAAACGAAGAUGUCUGAAGAUCUCAAGAGAUUUUAGUGUUCCUAAUCCAACAAGCUUGUUCUCAACGCAAACUUAUACUGCCGUGGAAUUUCCUUUUUCCAUUCUAAAAGGGAUUAGGUCAUGAUUGUACAUUGUAAGGCAAUUAUAUCCGGAGUAAAGGGAACUUUCCUUCUGCGUCAA